UUUUUUUUUAAAUAGAAUAAGUUUACUGUUUACAUGUUUUUUUCAAGGAUUUAUUAUAAUCAUUAUUAUUAUUAAAAAUACGUUGCAAUAGAAUUCUCUGGGGCCAGAAAUUGACUUUAGCAUUUUUAUUACACAAAUACUUUAUUUUCGAGUGUUUUCAAAUACCAAGUAGGAAAUAAUAAUAACUCAGUCUGUGUUUGUGUUGCUGCCACAGUUUGUUUAAUUUCUAGUAAGAACCUAAGAGAGAUGUUGUUUGCAUUUUAAUGAGAUUAUAUGUUUGUUUUUAAUUCUGACGCAUCCGAAUGUCCUCUGUGUUAUAUUUGAAGUGUUUUAUAGUAAUAACCAGGUGCAGCAGGCAGGGGGCAGCAGAGGGCUGAAAGAAGAAUAUGAUUAUAAUGAUUAUUAUUAUUUAUUUUCUCCAGUGUGUCUCUAGAGUCACUUUACUGUCCACAGUGGUGGAGAACGUAAUCAGUAAUAACACAUUAUAAAAAUACUUAUAAAGUAAAAGUCCUGCUUUAAACAUUAGUCACUCUUUAAAGAGAAGACAUUAAGGGCUCAAUUAAAAUGCAUAAAAAAGCAGAUUUUGUACACUGAAUGCAUCAUAUUUUAUAAAGUGGUCGUAUGUUUUAGAUAUAAAAUCUUCAAAAUAAUUUGAAAAUAAAAUAUAGAGAAGAGAAAAGUACAAGAUUUCCCUCAGAAACGUAUGCAAGUAGCAUAAAAAAGACUCCUGGUCCUGGUCCAGAUAAAAAGGACCCCGCCCUCCUGCUGUCAGGACGGGAAACCCGAGACUCAGAAACACUCAGAUUUAACUCAACAAGUGAACGCAGCGGAGGAAAAUACAACCACAGGGUCGUUUCUGAGAGGAGACGAGAGGCUUUUCAAAGCAGGAAUCAGCUGCUGGUCGCGAUGGGAAACACAGACAGUCACAGCAGCUUCGUCCCUCCUGCCAAGUCGUCCUGCUCGCUCAGGUUCUCCUCCAGGAGGGAGGAGGCGCCGUCGGCCCGCAGCUGGUGGAGGAGCAGUCAGGGAGGCAGUCAGGGAGGCAGCCGGAGCCGCGGGAGGACCUACCUGAACCAGCACGCCGCCGCCAGCCCGCCGUACACCUCCUGGCACUACGAACACGCACCCAAAGCCCCCCGAGGGUCUCCUCCGAGAUUAAUCAGAGGAAACCAGUUUGGUUACUCGGAGAACGGCGGCGGGAGCAACGGCGAGCGGACGUCCCUGGAGAGUGGCGGCGGCAGCCCGAAGGUGCUGCUCAGCAAAGAUGGCAGCAUGAGGGUGGGGUUCACCAACACCAGGGGGGUCCCCAUGGAGCCGCAGGGGCUCCCCACCACCACCACCGCCGCUGCCGCCGUCGCCUCCUCAGUUGCCGAACCCUCCCUCCGCACCAGUAAAGGCAGCUCGCUAAGCUCCGACGGCUCCUGGUACGACUCGCCGUGGGGGACUGGCGGCGAGCUGGCUGACAACGUGUUCGUCUGCGGGCAGAGUGUGGCGAACAGUAGCGGGUACACCACCUGCUCCUCCAUCCGCACGGAGGAGACCGCCACCACCAGCAGCGGGUACAACACCGUCUUCUCGGCCCACGUGGACAUCUCACCUGGAUUUAACUUUCCCGCCGCGGAGACCAACGCGUUCACCUCCGCCGCCGCCGGUUACAACACCUGCUCCUCCGGGCGAACGGAGGACAGCGGCAUCGGCGACUCGGUGAUCCUGCCGGCCGACCUGAGAGACUUCAGCCUGACUUCACCUUCCUCCACCUCACUGGACAGCGUUUACCACAAUGCCGCGCUGCCCGCCUUCCCCACCACACCGGACGCCGCCCUGCAGCAGGGGACCGCCUUCUCCUCCUCGGCGCUUUCGCUGCUGGAUGACGUCAUCCAGGAGGAGGAGGGGUCAGGAGGAGGCGUGGAGCAGCGCUACUCCUCCUUAACGCUUCCCUGUCGCCGGGUCGAGACUGUCGGCGGCGCCGCCUCCACCGCCUCCUCCGGGAACAGCCGCAAAGACUUCCUGAAGAGCCGAAUCAGACGACUCAGCGACUGGACAGGAAGUCUGAGCAGGAAGAAGAGGAGGAUCCAGGAGCCGUACGGCAGCGAAACUGGUGAUGUUUUCAUUGACCGGCUGGAUUCUGGGUCGGUCGGCUGCAGCACUCUGUGGGCCUCCAACCCUCUCCACACUCUGAACCAGAACCAGAACCAGAACCAGAACCAGUUCCUAGCGGUCCACUGUGGCUCCUCCAGGAGCCUGAACCUGAACCUGAACCUGAACCAGAACCAGAACCACAGCAGCGACAUCCAGCGGCAGAACGUCUACGAGAACUUCAUGCAGGAGCUGGAGACGGGCUGUAGCAGCAGCGCCGCAGACCGGACCGAGCCGUCGGAGGGGGAUGGAGAGGAAGAGGAGGAAGAGGGGGAGGAGGAGAUGGAUGGAGAUGGAGAUGGAGAUGGAGAUGAGGAAGUGGAGGUGAGAGGAGGCGAGCAGCUGGAUGUCCUGUUUGAGAAGGAGCAGGGUGUAGUGCGACGGGCCGGAUGGCUCUCCUUCAAAGCUCUCAUCACCGUCGGCAAGGACAGGAAGCUGGAGCUGGUGGCUCGCCGCAAGUGGAGACACUACUGGGUCACACUGAAAGGUUGCACUCUGCUGUUUUAUGAGACUUACGGGAAAAGCGUCAGCGCCGAGCGCGAGCUUUCUCCUCGCUACGCUCUGCUGGCCGACGACAGCAUCGUCCAGGCCGUCCCCGAACAUCCCAAGAAGGAGCACGUCUUCUGUCUGAGCAACUCGCACGGAGACGUCUACCUGUUCCAGGCCACCAACCAGACCGACCUGGAGAACUGGGUGACGGCAAUCCACUCGGCGAGCGCCUCGCUGCUGGCCAAGCGUCAGGGGAAGGAGGACACGCCGCGCCUCCUGCGCUGCCAGAGCCGCUCGCUGCUGCACAAGAUCGACAUGGACGGGAAGAUGAAGAAGAUGGCGGAGCUGCAGCUGUCCGUCAUCAAGGAGCAGAAGAACCGGAAGGCCGUGGAGAGCCAGAUCCAGCAGUGGGAGCAGAACCUGGAGAAACUGAACCUGGAUCUGUUCCGGCUGCGCUGCUACCUGUCCAGCCUGCAGGGCAGCGAGCUCCCCAACCCCAAGAGCCUCCUCGCCGUGGCCAGCCGGCCCUCCAAGAGCAUGCUGGGACGCCUGGGAGUCUUCUCCGUGUCCUCCUUCCACGCUCUGGUGUGCAGCAGAGAAGAAGGGACGCUGAGGCGCCGCUGUCGGUCUCUGUCGGGAGGAAGCAGCAGCAGCAGCAGCAGGAGGAGGCGGCUGCCGUCCUCGCUGAAAGCUCUGGACGGACUCAAAAGACGCAGCAGAUCCUCCAUGUCCCAGAGACUCGACGGUGUGUCCAACCAGAGGGAGGCGGCGCCGCCUGCAGGACGUCCUGCAGCUCUGCAGGUGUGUGAUGAGCUGCAGCUCUCAGGUGUUUUCACUCUGAACAUCUGUCGACUCGACGCUGCAAAAGACUUUGGUUUUGCGGUGACGGGUCACGUGGACGGAGCGGGAAGAAGUCACGUGUACGUCAGCGAGGUCGACCCGCUGGGACUGUCGGCCGCAGAAGGCCUCAGGGCGGGAGACGAGGUUCUGGCUGUGAACGGGGCCUUCCUGUCCGGACUGGACCUGGACCUGAUGCAGAGUCUGUUCAGCCACCAGAAGCUCCAGCUGCUGCUCAGGAGAGACGAGACGCCCGACCCCGAGGAGCCCGGCGACCUCUGUCAGCCCCCGGCCCCUCCGGACCUCCAGACCUGGACCAGCACCGGUACCGAUUCUCCGGACGGCGUCCUGCUUCCUGUUUGUGACGAAGUUUCAUCCAAACCGUGUGAGGACGGCGAGCUGCAGAGACGGAACGUGGAGCGGGUUCACGCUCUCUACCAGACCUUCCCAGAAGGCCGAGCGGCAGAGGCCGAUGUUCCCAGGAACCCGUACGGCCGAGGCGCCGGCCUGCAGCCGCCGAGCCCCGCCCACCUCAGCGUGUGUCAGCGUCUACGUAAAGUCAUCCAGGAACUAGUCGACACCGAGAAGUCCUACGUCAAGGAUCUGGUCUGUCUGUUUGACGUCUACCUGACGCCGCUGCAGAAGGAGACCUUCCUCAGUAAAGAAGAGAUGGAGGCGUUGUUCGGCAGCCUGCCGGAGAUGUUGGACUUCCAGAGAGUUUUCCUCCAGACGCUGGAGGAGAGAAUCGCCUCCUGUCCCAACUUCAGCCACCUGGAAACACCUGGACAGUUCAAGAAACUGCUCUUCUCGUUGGGAGGAUCUUUUCUCUACUACGCCGACCACUUCAAGCACUACAGCGGCUUCUGUGCCAACCACAUCAAAGUCCAGAAGGUCCUGGAGAGAGCGAAGACAGACGGAGCCUUCAAGCAGUUCCUGGAGACGAGGAAUCCGACCAAUCAGCACUCGUCGUCUCUGGAGUCGUACCUGAUCAAACCGGUUCAGAGAGUCCUGAAGUAUCCACUGCUGCUGAGAGAGCUUGUGUCUCUGACCGACCCCGAGAGCCCCGAACACACACACUUGACAGAGGCGCUGAGAGCGAUGGAGAAGGUGGCGACUCACAUCAACGAGAUGCAGAAGAUCUACGAGGACUACGGCUGCGUGUUCGACCAGCUGGCUGCGGAGCACAGUGCACCUGACAAACAGGUGACGGAGAUCUCGAUGGGGGAGUUUCUGGUCCACUCGUCGGUGGUCUGGUUGAACCCGCUGCCCAGUCUGGGCCGACUGAGGAAGGAACCGGAGCUCACGCUGUUCGUGUUCAAACGGGCCGUCAUCCUGGUUUACCGUGAGAACAGCAAGCUGAAGAAGAGGAUGACCGCCUCUCGCUCAGCUGAUCUGGACCCCUUCAGGUUCCGCUGGUUAAUCCCAGUGUCAGCGGUUCAGGUCAGACCGGCCAACAUCACAGAGAACCAGUGUGUGUGGGAGCUGGUUCACAGCAGGUCGGAGGUGGAGGGACGACCAGAGACGGUGUUUCAGCUCUGCAGCAGUGGUUUGGAGACGAAGGCCAGCGUGCUCCGAGCUCUGCGCUCCCUCCUCAGAGACCGAGCGCCCGCCGGCUCCCUGAGGAGGACCCGGCUGUCGACGGCAGAGAGGAGCAGCUCCUGGAGGAGGAGGCAGCAGAGGUGUCGCUCCGACGGCCAGAGGACGACUCACCGUCAGCCAGAGGAGAGCCGCCGACCCGACGGCAGGUUCGUCCUGGGAGAAACCUGCUCGGAGCCCUUGCUGCCCAGCCGCGCCACUUCCGACCCGGCGGGGAAGAGGACCAGACUGUGCUCCCUGACCAGCGAGCUGGAGGCUCAGCUGCAGAGGCUGAACUUCACCGAGGACGAGGCGGAGCAGCAGCAGCAGCAGCGAGGAGGAGCCGCGGCGUCCCAGAGCGGCGAGGAGAAGAGGCGGAGCUCCAGUCUGCGAGGAGAAGUGCUGGACCUGCUGGAGAGAGACUUCAGUGUUCAGAGCAUGACCUCCAUCAUUAAUGAAGACUGUUUCUACGACAGCGUGCUGGCGAUGCAGACGGCUGCUGUUCCCACGCUACAGGGCUAACGUGCUAACGUACUAACAUGGAGCUACAAGACUGCUGCAACCCGGGAGAGUCAAACUAAACUCCAGAUACCUUUCAUCAGACCUGGGCAGUGCUUCUUACGUCUGUCCUCCGUUACCAGGAAGUCAUCACGCUGAAGGAUUCACACAGACGCUAAAACACUGCUGACUGAACAAACUUUCAUCUCUACAAGAUCACAGACGUCUGGAAAAAAACUCAUCAAAACAACUUGGGAUGUAACGACAACAACGCCUACCUCUGGAAACUAAUUUCAUUUCUCCAGAAGAAGAAGUCCAACCAGCGGACAUAUUUGAUCAAGCAACGUCAUCAAUUUCAGAAGUAUUUUUCAAGCAUUUCACAGUUUUCUUAAAACGAUUUUUCUAGAAAAUUUCUCUGAAAUAACUCGUCACACGUCGCAGAUUAAUUUAACAAUGAAAAUCGACUGGAGCCGUUAAAAACAACCAGCAUGUGAAGAAACUCAGCAACGUUAUUAGAGCCACUGUGAGGGAAAACUAAUUAAGAGAAUAAAGUCAAAAUAGUUUGAGAAAAAAAGUCCUAAUGUUAGAAGAAUACAAACGUAGUUUUGAUGGAAAAGUUAUAAUAUUACAGGAAUAAAAUUAUAAUUUUUACAAAACAAAACAGUUGAAAUAUUUUAAGAAAAAGUUAAUUUCAUGAGAAAAUAUUUAAUACAGU